AUGAAGUGGAGUGUCAACUUAUUCCUGGCUGAGUCAGUCUUCAAUGAGGACGAUCCAGCUUUGCUGAUACGACAGAUCCCUGCGCAGCUCGUCAAGGCUGACGAGGAUGGACUCCGCCACGUGUCAAUGCAUGUGGCAGUGAAAAAGUCAUAUGUGCGUGAUUUUGACAACGAUUCGUCCAUCAACCACCACGACUGCUUUCCGGAGCCGCUGUCGCUGACCUGCAAGUCGGCUCGGAAGAACGAGUUCGAGCCCUCGUUCAAGGCAAUUCUGAAGCAAGAGGUUCUCCUGCAUGUCGAUGGCAGUGACGUCGACUUGAUGCUGUUGGGCGCAAAUCUUGACACAGAUGACGAGUCAAGGCUUGGGCAGUUGCAAGCUCUGGAGCGAAUGCUGAAUGUCUCGAAACGCGGAAGUCAGAAGUUUGGUGCGUUGAUAUGGGGAGACUUCAACAAUCGCUUAGUUGCUUUCGAGGACCUGAAGGGCUAUGUUUCGGAGAAGAAAGGCAAGUACGAGCUUACCGAAAGCGGCGCGCGCUUCCUGGUGGAUUGUUUCUCUGACCCGGCCAAGCGCUUGGAGCUUUUGAAGAAAGACUCCUUGACGUAUUCCGGGCGCGACAUCGCUGGCCGGCAGUUCGCAACCCCCCCAUCGCUUUUCAAGCUCCGCCAGCUUUUCUGCAUGACUGCUGAUCUUGCGUCCACGCAGAGCAUCCCGAACGUCCCGAUGCCGUCGUAUAAGCACACGCCAUUGGAGGUGGUGUUGUCUGAUGCGUUCAGGCACCGCAUGAGAGUGGAGGAGGUAGUCUGCCUAGAUAGCCUUCAGCAUGUCGACAUGGAUUCGUUGAAGGGCAGCGUUCGAGGUACUUAUUUUGGCUGGGCGGAAGGGGAUGCCUUUCAACACAGCAUUGCCGACGAUGAUGGGCGCUCCAAGUUGUAUUUGCAGCUUGGUUGGCCUGAUGGGGUGGGCUUCAGCAAAAGCAGCUCUUUCUCAGCGGAGAUUGUCCAGUGGCAAUGUGACUGGAAUGUGCGUGCUCAGCAUCAUCUUCCGAUGCGUUCCAUGGUGAUGCUGGAUGUAGGGCGAGACAAACCACUUAAGGUGUGGCUUGGCUUUGUGAAGGUGAACAAGAAGUUGCCAACCAUAGACGGGCUCCACCAACUACUCUACAGUGACAAGGCUUGUUCUGCCGCAGAGUGUGAUGUGAUCGCUUUGUACUUGACUGAUGUCUUCAUACCUGCACAAGACGUGAGCAAAUUUCGCUCCUUACUCAGACGGUCCAUGAAAGCAGACACGGUGGAUGAAUAUGUCUUAAACGAAGAUGAUCCUUCUCUGCUAAUUCGUCAGAUACCAGCCCAAUUGGUCAAAGGUGCAGAUGAUGGAUUGCGUUACGUUUCGAUGCAUGUGGCCGUGAGCCGCCAUUUUGUAAAGGACGUGCGGGACGAUUCGUCCAUCAACCACCACGACUGCUUUCCGGAGCCGCUGUCGCUGACCUGCAAGUCGGCUCGGAAGAACGAGUUCGAGCCCUCGUUCAAGGCAAUUCUGAAGCAAGAGGUUCUCCUGCAUGUCGAUGGCAGUGACGUCGACUUGAUGCUGUUGGGCGCAAAUCUUGACACAGAUGACGAGUCAAGGCUUGGGCAGUUGCAAGCUCUGGAGCGAAUGCUGAAUGUCUCGAAACGCGGAAGUCAGAAGUUUGGUGCGUUGAUAUGGGGAGACUUCAACAAUCGCUUAGUUGCUUUCGAGGACCUGAAGGGCUAUGUUUCGGAGAAGAAAGGCAAGUACGAGCUUACCGAAAGCGGCGCGCGCUUCCUGGUGGAUUGUUUCUCUGACCCGGCCAAGCGCUUGGAGCUUUUGAAGAAAGACUCCUUGACGUAUUCCGGGCGCGACUUUCGUGGGGAGGCAUAUAGUCUCCCCCCAUGCAAUCUGAAAAUUAAGGAUAUGUUUUGGCUUACCAUUGAUGCUGCCCUGGACUCAAAGAUUGAAGUCCCGUGGCCGUUCUACAGAGUCGAGCCCUUUGAGGUCAUGCUGGGAGCCCAGCUGGGUUGCCGUUUGAGCCUGCUGGAUAUCGUCUCCUUCAGCCGAUUGGAUGACGUACGGUGGCCUCAGAGAGACAGUCGGCCUGCUCCUGAUGGUGACAGCGCAGCGGCAAUGUCUGCAAAGCUGGCAUCAGAAUACUUCGACUGGCAAGAGGAUGGAAAGUGGAUUCAGCGCAAGAUUAGGUCCGAGGAAGACCGGCAUCUUUUCCAGUUUGGAUGGCUGGAUAGCGUUGGCUGGUACAAGCAGAGCACUGUACAUAUGGAUCUGGCUUCAUGGCGGACGGUGCCCGGCAUUCAAGCAUUCGAUCACCUGCCCAUGACCGCCACACUGACAGUGACGGUGUGA